AGAGAGCUAAACCUAGAAAAUAAAUUUAUCUUUAAACUACUCAGUAUUUAAAAGUUAAAAUUUCAAGAGUGACAAUUCCUGCCUACACCCCUCAAGUCCGCCAUUGCAUUCAGGACGGACGCGUUGUAUCCUCCUAUGACGAGCAAAAUUGCUAAAUCAAACAUACAAUAAUACAAUACAGCUUUAUGUAAGGCUGCGUUGCCAUACAAAGAGAUAGAGAAGCUGCAUUUCUAUCACAAUUUCAAAAGUUUCUUUUUAAACAACCACUUACCUCUCCCUCAACACCUUUGUCUACUGCUUUGAGCAUGCUACAGUCCCACUUACAUGGCAGUAAACACUGAGUGCCAUACACGUUCCGAUCACACCUGCAUUGAAGUGUGAGAAAUUAAAGCACUGCUGCUGUGGUGGUGAUUACCUAAUGUGUCAUAUACAUCCAUCUUUUUUGUCAAAUUUAACCAAAUAUGCAUUAUUAUACCAGAGAAAAUAGUGACAGAUCCUCCGAGGUCGGUGACGCAAAAAGAUCAGCCAUCUUUGAUAAAGCAUGCUCAUUUGCUUCGUGGCAUCAACUCAUUACUGCUUUUAAAGCUUGAAAACAUAUAAAUAUUGGUAUGGCAUAAGGCUGGUUAGCUAGGGUCGGCCAAAAAGCAAAAGAUGGAAUCUUCCUGCCUCUAAUAUAAUUAAAAAAAAAACGAAUUUGAAAAAAAACACCACAGAAAAGGAAAAGUAUCAUAUCAAUAAGCAAGCUAUAAGCAACUUAAUAGUACGACAUUUGGUCUAAAGAUGUUCUUGUAGACCAAGUUAAGCAUUACCUCUUCUCUUUUUUUUAUCUUAAAUUUUACAAAAAUGAAAAAAAGAGACAGCCAAGAUCCCACUAUUGAUCUCUUUCCUUUCCCUUCGUUUUCACUCUUUCACAUUAUAUAUCAACUCUUCAUAAACACAAAACCCUCCUCUUUUUUUCUCAUCUUCAAAAGCCUGAACCCAUCGAUUCACACACAUGAAAUAAUUAAUACUAUAAUUUUGCACCCAUAUCAAUAUGGCAAAAAAUCAGAAACUGGUAGUUGAAGUUGUGGAUGCUCGCAAUCUUCUGCCCAAAGACGGCCAUGGGACCUCCAGUCCUUACGUUACAAUCGACUUUUAUGGGCAGCGCAGGCGGACAAAGACAGCUAUACGUGACCUCAACCCGGCAUGGAAUGAAGUUCUUGAGUUCAACGUUGGUAAGCCAUCUAAUGUGUUUGAUGAUAUUCUUGAGCUUGAUGUUUGCCAUGAUAAAAAUUAUGGCCCAACUAGAAGAAAUGUUCAUCUUGGAAGAAUCCGGCUGAGUGCGACUCAGUUUGUGAGGAAGGGUGAAGAGGCUUUAAUAUAUUACCCUUUGGAGAGGAAAUACUUUCUUAGUUUGGUGCAGGGAGAAAUUGGGUUGAAGAUUUAUUACCAGUAUGAAGUGAUACCGGCGCCUCCACCUCCUCCAGCAGAGGAACCGAAGGCUGAUUCAAAUGCAGAGUCACCACCAGGAGCCGAAGCUGCAACAGAAAAGCCACCAGAAGCUGAACCCAAACAACCGGAAGAUGGCGAAAAGUCGAAAGCGGCAGAGGAGACCACCAAAGAACCUGAUAAAGAUCAACCAGCUGAGCAUCCUACAGCUGAUGGUGCCAAGCCUAAUGAAGAGUCAGCAGCAGAAGCUACGUCACCACCUGCAGAUAAUGCACCAGCUCCUAUUCAAGUUGAAAAACCACCAGAACCAGAGCCAGGGCCCCCACCCCCACCACCAGCAGCAUCAGAAGCGAGUGAAGGCCAAGAGCAUACACCGAAAGAUUCCAAUGGGCCUCCAGAAGCCGAUGGAGACAUUGUAUUGGAACCGCCAAUGAAUAAUUGGUCUCCCAAAUCACCAGAAAUAAUGGCGUCAACAAUAUAUGCUUCUGUGCCAGAAGUGAAAGUGGCUGGAAUCAACGGUCCGCAUCCCAUCCCAAGACCAGCAGUAGCAACCACGAACUAUACGUUGGAACCCCAAGAAAGCAUUUCAAUCGAACGUCCAUCAUUUGAUCUGGUCGAAAAGAUGCACUACUUAUUUGUUCGGGUGGUGAAAGCACGGGGUCUACCCACCAAUGCCAAUCCCAUUGUAAGGAUUGUAACGUCAUGCAGCCGCAUACAAUCUAAACCCGCACGAAGGACUGCAUUUUACGAGUGGGAUCAGACAUUCGCAUUCGGCCGUGACGCACCAGAAUCCUCCUCUAUCCUUGAGAUUUCGGUGUGGGAUCCGCCCAUUGCGGAAUGCAAGUCUGACAUGGCAGGUGCGAAAUUCCUAGGUGGGAUUUGCUUCGACGUCACGGAAAUUCCAUUGCGGGAUCCACCGGACAGCCCCUUGGCCCCACAAUGGUACAGGUUGGAAGGAAGUGGAGCCCACAGAGGUGAUGAGAUGCUUGGGAACCUGAUGCUUGCGACAUGGGUGGGGACACAAGCUGACGAGGCAUUCCCCGAUGCUUGGAAAACCGACGCAGCCGGUAAUGUUAACUCUAGAGCCAAAGUUUACCUCUCCCCAAAAUUAUGGUACCUAAGAGCCACUGUACUCGAAGCUCAAGACGUCUUGCCAGCAACCCAUUUAAAAGAAGCCUCGUUUCAACUCAAAGCCCAACUAGGAUCCCAAAUCCAGAAAACCAAAGCUACUGUUACCCGCAACGGCAACCCCUCAUGGAAUGAAGACUUGCUCUUUGUUGCAGCCGAGCCCUUUAGCGACCAAUUGAUUUUCACCUUAGAAAACCGGCAAGCUAAAGGAACUGUUACCCUCGGGAUUGCCAGAAUACCGCUUACGACCAUAGAGAGGCGGGUCGAUGACAGGAAGGUGGCGUCUCGAUGGUUCACUUUUGAAGACCCCAACAGUGAAAAGAUAGCAUACAAAGGUAGAGUUCAGUUGAAGUUAUGCUUUGAUGGUGGGUAUCAUGUAAUGGACGAGGCGGCUCACGUGUGCAGUGAUUACCGGCCCACUGCGAGGCAGCUAUGGAAACCUCCGGUGGGCAGUGUUGAGUUGGGUAUCAUUGCUUGCAAAAACUUGUUACCCAUGAAAACGGUAAACGGUAGAGGGUGUACAGACGCUUAUUGUGUAGCCAAAUACGGCCCAAAAUGGGUUCGAACUAGGACCGUUUGUGAUAGCUUGGACCCCAAAUGGAAUGAGCAGUACACUUGGAAGGUUUUCGACCCGUGCACGGUGUUGACAAUUGGGGUCUUUGAUAGCUGGGAAGUAUUCGAAUCCGACGGUGAAAAAACUGCCGCGCGUCCUGACUUCCGGAUUGGGAAAGUACGUAUACGUAUAUCUACGUUGGAGACGGGUAAAGUGUACAGAAACUCGUAUCCAUUGAUAUUGUUGACAAACAAUGGGGUGAAGAAAAUGGGGGAGAUCGAAGUGGCAGUGAGGUUUAUACGUACAACUCAGACGUUGGAUUUUUUACACGUGUACUCACAGCCAUUGUUACCGUUAAUGCAUCACAUAAAGCCUUUAGGGGUGGUCCAGCAGGAAAUGCUGAGGAGCACAGCUGUCAAGAUCAUAGCUGGUCACUUGUCAAGAUCAGAGCCACCCCUUCGACGCGAGGUGGUGUUUUACUUGGUUGAUGCGGAUUCGCACGCUUUUAGCAUGCGAAAAGUACGUGCCAAUUGGUUUAGGAUCAUCAACGUGAUCGCAGGGGUAUUAGACAUCGUACGGUGGAUAGAAGACAUGCGUGUGUGGAAAAAUCCUACGGCUACAAUACUUGUGCAUGCAUUACUAGUGAUGCUGGUCUGGUUCCCUGAUUUGAUUGUCCCCACAUUGGCAUUUUACGUGUUCGUGAUUGGUGCUUGGAAUUACAGGUUUCGAACACGGGACCCACUGCCCCACUUUGAUCCAAAAAUCUCAUUAGCAGAUGCGGUGGACGAGGAGGAACUUGAUGAGGAGUUUGACACACUUCCAAGUAGCAGAUCAACGGACAAGGUUCGAGGGAGGUACGAUAAGCUAAGAACACUAGGGAUACGGGUGCAGAAGAUAUUGGGGGAUUUUGCGACGCAAGGGGAGAGAGUGCAGGCAUUAGUGACGUGGAGAGAUCCGAGGGCGACGGGGAUAUUUGUAGGGCUGUGUUUUGUGGUGGCGAUGAUAUUGUAUUUGGUACCGUCAAAAAUGGUGGCCAUGGCAUUUGGAUUCUAUUACUUGAGGCAUCCGAUUUUCCGGGAUCGAAUGCCAUCGCCGGCAUUGAACUUCUUCAGGAGGCUUCCUUCGCUGUCCGAUAGAAUCAUGUAGGUCUAUUUUAUUGGUAGCUAUUUUAAAGAAAUAAACUCAUAUAGACAAAUAUUGCACAUCAUUUACAGAGCUGGUGUGUCUUAUUUAGAACCUAAUUUUGAAGGUCAUAUGUUGUCGCCUACCUUUGUGGAACUUUAAUUUGUAAAAUUAAAAGAAUUAGAUCCAUUGAAGAA